AUGCCCAAAGAAGAGGUCUUUAAUAUCCACCCAUAUGGUUGGGAAAAUGACCCAGAGGAGGAGAGAUUCAAAGUCUCGACGCUCGACUACCUGACCGUUUGCACCUACAACAAUUACGCACUCUUUUUUCGACUGGAUGAUGCUGAUAAGAGCCGAGUGGCAGAUCUAUUGAAGGCCGGUCUUGAGAAGACUCUGAGUCAAGUUCGCCAUAUCUGCGGUACAAUCGAGAAGGAUGUCGCAGGCGGCCAUUCCUUUGUCAAAAGAAAGGACAGCACUGUUCGGUUUGUUGUUCAGUGGCUAGACUCUGCUGAGGAUGGCGAUGACUAUCCUUCUUUUGACGAGAUUGAGAAAGCCAAUUUCGGCACUUCAGCACUGGGUGACCUCAAUCGCUGGAGUGUCCCUCCAAUGACAUACGGAGAAAAACCUGAAGCUCAUCCAGAUAAUCACCCAGUGGUGGCAGCCUAUAAGGCUAAUUUCAUCCGAGGUGGACUGAUCUUUAUCAUGCACCACCACCACUACAGCAACGAUGUCAUGGGAUGGAGUGGCCUCACCCACCAGCUGGCCGAGCACUGCUUCGCAAUCGUCAACAAUACACCUGCCCCCUCCUGGGAUCCCGCUUGUCUCGACUUGUCCCGCUUGACUAAGGCUGAGGUACCCGAGGAAUCCAAGAUUGAUGGCCCUCCGGCUCCAGAGCGACACCCUGGCCAUAUUGAAGCAGAGAUGCUGUUCUUCCACUUGCCCAAGAGCAAAGCAGCUGAGCUCAAGCAGCUCGCCUCUCCGACCGACGGAUCCUGGAUCUCCACGUACGACGCCUUCUCCGCAUUUAUCUGGCGCACAAUUUCACGCCUGCGGGCCCCAGCAUUCAAACAAGAUCUAUCGGCCCCUUUGUUCUGGUGCGAGGCUAUUGAUAUGAGGCGAAGGAUGCACAGCCCCAAGCCGCCCGCGCGUAUUCAGCACAACGUCAUGGCCGGCGCCCUAUCGAAUGCUGCGCCCGUGCAGUCGCCGACAGCAGCAGAGGUCAUCUCAGAGUGGCCCUUGUCCAGGUUAGCGUCAUACAUACGUGCGCUGACCAAUAGUAUCACCCAAGAAGCUCUCGAUCAGACACUCGAUGUGGUGGCCACUGUGCGUGAUAAAACCGCGUUGAACAUCCGCAUCGAUGCGCAUCCACCAUUAUCACACCUCCAGACGGAUCAUCGCGAUGCUAAUAUCACUGGCGCCGACUUUGGCUUCGGCAAGCCAUUGCUGUACCGUCACCUGAUUGAUCGAUUGACGCAAGGUGUUAUGGUUAUUUAUCCGUCGCGCAAUCCGUCUCUUGAGUCGGACGAGGGACCUGAGUUCUCCAUUUCUUAUGAGAUGAGUCUGAAGCAAGCCUUGAUUGAGGACCCUGAAUGGAAUAAGUACUUCGAGUACCGAGGUGUCGAUGCUAUCGAUGGUAGUAGAUAA